AUGACGGCCCCUUCAGAUGUGCUGUUCAAACAGCGUGCUAUUAUUGAAUUUCUUGUUGCCGAAAAUGUGAAACCAGUCAAUAUUUAUAGACGUUUUGAAGUAGGAAAGGCGAUUAUCGCCGAUCAGGAUCGAAGUGGGCGGCCGGUGACGGUAAUUGAUGAGGCCCAUAAACAAAAAGUCGAUGAUUUGGUCAGGGGAAAUCGGAGGAUUAAACAAUCAGAAAUAGCAGUAGCAUUAGGAAUAUCUAAAGAACGAGUCCAGCAUAUUCUUCGUGAACUUGAAUAUCGAAAAAUAUGCGCGAGACCUUACUGUAGCCAUGCCACCAUUACAGCAAUUGAAUCACUCCGGUUUCAAGUCAUUCCACAUCCACCUUACAGUCCGGAUUUGGCCCCCGCGAUUUUUUUUCUGUUUCCUAAGCUUAAAGAACAUCUCAAGGGUAAAAAAUUCAAUUCUGACGAGGAAGUUAAAGCUGAAGUUAAACGAUGGUUCAAUGCUCAAGCUGAAGAAUUUUAUUUGGAUGGAAUUUCUAAACUAGUUAAUCGUUGGCAAAAAUGUAUCGCCCUAGAAGGUAGUUAUGUUGAAAAAUAA